UUGCUCUUUAUUAAAAUUUGACGUCAAUUGCUCUGCAGAUUUUUCAUUUUAACUAGACCAUCACUAUCAUGGCAACAAAGGAGGUUUUACGCAAAAAGUUGGAGGAUAUGAUUCACUACCUCACACCAUUUUUACCUUUAGUGAACAGUCAUGUUGUGAACUUCAUCACUGACAAUCAAUGGGAUAACACUGUGCCUGAAAACCUAAGAGCUGAGUUUUCCACCAAAGGAUUCGAAAAUAUUACGAACCUACUCUGGCGGUAUCACGAUGACCCAACAUGUUUAUCUGAUGAUGUUUCAAAUUCUCCAUUAGUUCAACAUUUCAUAGAAGCUCAAAAAAUGUCCUUGACUUCUCAACCAAACUUAUGCCUGUCUCUGAAUGACUUGCAGACAAAAUUAGCCUCUUUACACUGCAAGGAGCAUACAAACCUAAAAAUUUCUCGCCUGAUGUCGGAAAAAAAAUCUUAUGAAGUAGAUGUUAUGAGUCAAGUAGUAUUAAGUAUGGUCUCUGCCACAGAUUGCUCUCAUAUUGUGGAUAUUGGAGGUGGAAAAGCUUACCUUAGUUCUAAUUUAUCUUUGCAGCACAAUCUGAAAGUUUUAAGUAUUGAUCAGUGUAGAGGUAACACUCACGGAGCUGCAGAGAGAUUGGAAAGAUUAAAAAAAGUGUGGAACCGUAUGAAAUACAACGCAGAGAAUCCAUAUGAGGGGAAAAAAGGAAAAAAUUGGAAGUCAAAGAAGAAAAUUCCUGCAGCUGAAUCCACUUUAAACUUUCUAAACUCCGAGGCAGCAGGUAAUCCUCUUUUCAAACAAAGGACCGAGUUUAUUACAUCGACUACCGAUAUCCGGCAUAUUCUCAGGGACUCGUUUCCUGGGGACAGCAUCUCCGGUGCCGGUCUAGUGGGUCUUCACACCUGUGGUAAUUUAGCAUCUGCUCAUUUAAGAAUUUUUGUCCAAAAUUUAAACGUUUUCAAAUUCCUACUCAAUAUUGGUUGCUGCUAUCAUCUAAUACAAGAAGAAUUCAGCGAAGACAAGUUUUGGAAUGAGAUCAAAGCCUGCACGGAAGAUCAGUCAGAGCCAGGUUUUCCCAUGAGCUCCUUUCUCCGAGAGCGAGAGUUCUUUUUGAGUCGGAAUCCGAGAAUGCUAGCCACGCAGAGCCCGGAAAGGGUCCUUCACGAACGUAAGCUAGUCACAGUACCAUUAUUUUAUCGAUCGCUGUUACAAGUAUUAUUGACAAAGAAAUCUAACGGUGAUGAUUUCCCUUAUUGCGUUGUUGGCAGACUAGCACUCAAGUGCACAAAUUUUACAGAGUAUGCAUUAAAAGCUGUGAAAAAAAUAGGGCUCAAAGCCACUGUUACGGAAGACGAAUUAGAUGAACUUUACAGAUCUCAUUAUCAUCACUUUGACCGAAUUCAGAUGUUUUUUUUGAUACGAGUUGGAUUAUCUCCAGUGUUAGAGUCUCUUAUUCUUCUUGAUCGUUUGCUUUAUCUUCAUGAACAGGGUGUAGAAGACUCAUUCAUUGCUCAAAUUUUUGACCCUGUAAAGUCUCCUCGAUGUUAUGCAAUAAUAUCAAUUAGGAAGGAUGAUUCCAGAGAUGGCAAGUCCUAGCUGAACAUACUGUCACAAUUUCCAGGUCUUAUUUCUGGAAUAAGCGUCAGGUAACUCAUCAGCAGCAGCACCUGCAGCAAAGAAGCAAAACAGAAAAGCAAAGAUGAAAGUCAACAAAAAAUGCAAGGGCAGCGUCUAAUGACCUACAAGCAGCCGCGUCCGAUGAUCCAGUAGCAGCAACCUUGGCAUCCUCUCUUCCCUACUCUUUUUUUUUUUGGAUUGUUCAUGGCUUGCUGAUAUCUUCCUGUGCCUAACGCCCCGUAGCCACCAGAGGUGCAGAACCCCAUAAGGGUCCCUGGACGUCCCCAACCCUUCAUCAUCCACGAGGGGGACAUAAUGGUUCCGCUUGCGAAGAUUUGGGGGGCAAGAGUGCCCAAUAAACCCAGGGGGUCCAGGCGGAAGCCCCUGCCGCUCAUGGCAGACCCCAGGGCGUAAUGCCCCGGAGAAUCUCAGCAAAUCAGUCGCAGAAAUAAAAAUAUUUCGGUCCUAUCCUUCCUAUCCUACUCCUUUCCUUGAGGAAAUCUUAUGCCGCAGUCCCUCUCAACCCCACGGCGCCUUUACCCCGGGAAUCUCCCCCUCAAUGAGCCCUCUAUUAUAACCUGUUUCUUUAUCCACUUCUUCUUUCCUCAUUGAUUGGCAAGAUGUGACAAUCCGAGCUUAUAGACUUAUAAUUAUCUUGUCCCUCAUUUUAUUUAAAAGUUCUUUUUCAUCAGUAUCCACUAAUAAUUGAUAAAUAAUUCAAGAAUUGAAAGGAAACAAUCCCUACACUAUUUAGUAAUAAGAUAUAAAAAAAAAUUGGAGAAAAUUAUAUAAAUGGUUGUUACUUUAA